GUUAUGUAAGAAGGGUCGAUAGGAACGGGCAUGCGCGGCGGCCCGGCCGCCCCUCGCACUAUCGCUCGUGCGCGGAUAUAGCACGGACGUGCCAUUUUUUUAACCGCGUUUUUCGUUUCCCUUUCGUUCUUUCCGUUUAUGAUUUAAGCCGCCACCAUGUCCAAAGGCGACAGUGAAAACCAGAACGGCUCGGGCGAGGAGUCCAAGACGAACCUGAUCAUCAACUACCUGCCGCAGAGCAUGACGCAGGAGGAGAUCCGCAGCCUGUUCUCCAGCAUCGGCGAGGUGGAGUCGUGCAAGCUGAUCCGCAACAAGGGCGCGGCCUUCCCGGACGCGCUCAACCACGCGCUGCACGGCGGCGGCCAGAGCCUGGGCUACGCGUUCGUCAACUACCACCGCGCCGAGGACGCGGAAAAGGCCAUUACAACGCUCAACGGGCUGCGGCUGCAGAACAAGACCAUCAAGGUGUCGUACGCGCGGCCCAGCAGCGAGGCCAUCAAGGGCGCCAACCUCUACGUGUCCGGCCUGCCCAAGACCAUGACGCAGGCCGAGCUGGAGCGCCUCUUCAGCCCGUAUGGCCGCAUCAUCACGUCGCGCAUCCUGUGCGAGAACUCCGGCGGGCGGCCCUUCACCGGCGGCGAGCAGGGCCUGUCCAAGGGCGUCGGCUUCAUCCGCUUCGACCAGCGCGUGGAGGCGGAGCGCGCCAUACAGGAGCUGAACGGGACAGUGCCGAAGGGAGCGUCGGAGCCGAUCACGGUGAAGUUCGCGAACAACCCGAGCAACAACGGCAAGGCGCUGGCGCCGCUGGCCGCCUACCUGCCGGCCGCGCUGCGCUUCCCGGCGCCGCUGGGCCGCUUCAGUUCAGGCAAGUCGCUGCUAGCUAUUAACAAGGGCCUCCAGCGCUACAGCCCGCUGGCCGGCGAGCUGUUGGGUGGCGUGCUGCCCGGCGCCGUCGGCUCCGAGUGGUGCAUCUUCGUGUACAACCUGGCGCCGGAGACCGAGGAGAACGUGCUCUGGCAGCUCUUCGGGCCCUUCGGCGCCGUGCAGAGCGUCAAAGUGAUCCGCGACCUGCAGACCAACAAGUGCAAGGGCUACGGGUUCAUCACGAUGACCAACUACGACGAGGCGGUGGUCGCCAUCCAGUCGCUCAACGGGUACACGCUCGGGAACCGCGUGCUGCAGGUCAGCUUCAAGACCAACAAGAUCAAGACGAUCUAAGCGGCCCGCGCGCGCCCCGGCCUCGGCCGCUAGGACGGCACAAGGGGCCGCACCCAUACAUACCGCUCGCGGACGCUCCGCCAGGCGGCGCCACCUAAUACCUAAACUAAUUGUAAAAUAGCGAAUGUUUUGACUCGCUCUUUUGUGCGGCGGCUCUUUGUUCCCCAGCCGCCAUUUUCGACCCGGAAUUAGGUUAAGUGUUUCGGGAAAUCAAAAUGGAGGCGUGCACUGCGCAUGCCCGCGGAAAAUGGCGACCGCUGAAUGAAAAGCCCCCGCGAGCACGCAAUAAAUAUUAGAACGACUCGCGGCAUCAAAUGCCGAGUUCUCUGGCCAGACUUGAUACAUAUUGGUAAUAGUCAAUAACAAAAUAAUGAUAUUAAACUUCGCUUAUGAACGGUUGUGGUAUCGAGAAAUAGUUUUCGAAUAUAAUAAAUAAUGUUAGCAAUAAUAACCUUAUGCUAUGCUCCAAUUUUGUAAGCGACCAUAUCGUGUAGGUAACAUGUACGGCCGCCGCAUUGCCAAACGAACAGUUCACGUGUCGCCCAGGGCACCUAAUCGAAGUAAAAUAGUGUUAUAUUGUUAAAGAUUGGAAAAUAUAUAUUAUCUAUACGUAUAUUUUAAUCAUAUAUUAAACUAAUUAAGGAUGAAAACUAAUCAAAAACUGUGAUAGGUUUUGAUAAAAUUUUAGAAAAAAAUGAAAAACGGAAAAAGAUCUGUGGAAAAUUCGUAUAACAGCGGCGAUGGGGCUGAAGCGAUGUAGGUAGGUUAGAAAUUUUUUGAGAUAACUUUUGCGAAAACUGGCGCAUCUGGUGUUGAUCACGUAUCGGAUGGCGCGCUACGUCGACACGGACUCAACUGGACGGCGGACGCCCCGGGCGGAUCGAUCGAGGCCGGGCGGCGGAACAUGGUGCAACCCUAGUCGUAGACAUCCCGCUCGAUGUCCACAUCGGUACCUGCUACUCUAAUGUAUGGAUGCGACCCUGCGUCUAUUCGAUGUAGGCUUUAAUUGUCUUAGUCUAAAUGGAAAUUUGUAAAUAGAAAAAAAGUUGUUUAAUAAAAUAAUCGUACUCUCCGCGUCUACACUCCGUAUCACAAGUAUCAUACCCGACAAAGACCUAUAUUUGAACAUCGAACUUGAAUAGAUAUACUAUCGUGCCGUCCUAACGACCCUACGAUUUUUGUAAAAAAAAUAUAUACUUAAUAUAUGUAAAAACAGUUUUGUAACAUUUCAGAUAUUAAUAGGUACUCAUACCAUACCAAAGAUGGAGAUUAAAAUUUACAAGUAUUUAUAUAUUUAUUAUAAAUGUAAAACGUGCAAUAACUAAUAGGCGGUAAUUUAAUAAAAAUAUAUUAAACAAAUAACUCGAAGAGGCGUGGUAGGCUCGCCGUUUCGUUUACUAUUUAUUGUGACCUAUUGGUUCCCGCCGCUGGCGACACUUUCGACUUUCCUUCCUUUAACUAUUUAAAAAAUUAUAAAAAAAAUACUUUUUGCUUUUUUCGAUACAGCUUCGGAUAUGCUUAACAUUCCAUUUUUAGUCUUAAUACGUUUUAGGUGUACUGUAUUUAAUUUAGUCGAAAUUGUGAGUUACCCCUCGCUCGGUCGACCUCGUCGGGGAGGCCGGGAGAGAAUUACCUAUGUUUAAUUAAUUUAAUAAUUUAUAAUUAGUUGUAACGGGUGCGGUUGACAGAACUGCAAGUGAGCACAAGUCACGGACCUUGUAUAUUCUAUAUACUUAGUAGUGUCUUAGGUUAACCAUGGUUGUUGUGUUUUGUGUUACCUCGGACUUGUCGGCUAUUCUUACCCGUCCGGGUUAUAGUAUUCGAAUAGUUGAACUUGAUGUUGGUAUAUAACCUUAAAUUAAUAAUUUCAAUACAUUAUCUGUUUAGAUUUACUCAUUAAUUUAGUGCUCGUGCAAUUCAUUGUAUUUAAAUUAGGAGUGUAUUAACUUAUUUAUAUUUAGUGUAUAAUUUAAUGUAAUCAAAUGGCCGCUCGGCCAUGUUGAGUUAUUUAUUAGGGAAAUGUACAUCGCGAGGAAUCUCGAAGUUUGGAUAUGAUUUAACACGUUCGCAUAUGGUUUCGAUUCGUUUGGUCUGUUUUCGUAUAAUUCUGUACUUUUGAAUCGAAACAAAAACACCAAAAUAAUAUAACUGAGAAUUCAUCGACUAUUUAGAUAAUAAAUUAAUGUGAGAUAUUGAGAUUGCUAAUAUUUUGGAGUGAGGUUGAUUAGGUAUAAUGAUGUCACUCGUAUGUUAUUACUAGAAUGUUUUGCGUGUACCCAUCAUUUCUCGGUAAUAAUUAUUAAAGAAUAAUAAUGAUAAAUUAAUAAUAAAGCUCAAUAGAGUAGUGGGCCCGCGCCCAGUAGUUUACGAAACGGGAAAAGCAAUAAUAAAUAUAUUGUGAAAUUUUAACACACAGACGACGUGCGUUGCGGUUAACUUGAUAUUUUUAUAUGUAUUUUAAUAUACUGUAAUUCAUAUCUUCAUAGUUGUAAGCGGCUAGCAGCAAAACGUUCUACUAAUAACUGAUCGUUCUAAAGGCACUAAUAACUUGGACGUACUGUUUAAAAUAAGCGAAAACAAUAUUUAGCUAUAGCGAUCAAAGGGUUAAGACUCGACUUUAUGCGUGUUAGUAUUGCUAGCGUGGCCACAUAUGAAACCUGCACUUUCUGAAAGUUUUUCAUGAAUAAGAAGAGUUAUUAGAGCCUUGGCAAGCGUUACCCAACACGACGCCAUGGGCUUGCGGGUACUCGCCGAUAAACGAACCCCAUGUGACAAGGGAUUACCAGACCUUUAUCAAUAACAUUACGGCUACUUUUUGAAUGGUGUUUUGGUGAAUUUUUUAUGAAAUGAAAAAAUGAUAUUUAAAAAAAUAACGUAAUUAAUUGGCAACACAGAAACAAUACUCUAAAUACGCAUAGGCUAAUUGACAUGAGGCUGUGAGUUAGCAAAAAUAAAAUAAAACACGUGACGAUUGAUCUUAAUUAAUAAAAUAAAGAUAACUUAAGUGAAGUCACAGAACAGAAGAAAUUGUGAGAGCGUUGCACUUCCCGAAUACCCCAGAUGUAACCAAGUUACUACCAGUUCCGCGUCUCGGAAGAUCAGCUUCUUCGUUCUGUGAUGGCGACAUGCAAUCACGCGUACAAAACUGUUAUCGGCCCAUUAUAUAAGUAAAUCAUUGACAAUUCCGAUGUAAAAGCGUGUAAAAUUUGUCCAAAACUGCGUCGGUGAUAAAUAGUGGUGGGAAGAGCAUGUAGCAUUUACUAAUCAGUGUUAUGUAAGCUGUGUAAGGGAGUAAGUGAUAGGAAUAGCCUAAGACUCGGACACAAAACUCUAAGCACAAAUCGGUGCCCGAGGCGUAUGCGAUUCCGAUAGUUAAGACACAAAGAAGAAAUGAAAUCUUCCAUAGGAAAUAAAAUACGUAAGUUAAUGUUCUACACGUAAAAAUAUAUUUCCGUGAAAAUACUGUGCCAUCCGACCUGUAUUAGGAUACUCAACGCUGGUUAAGUCUAGUCAAAUGCUCAAUAUAAAUACGCGGCGUUCGGUGUUGUAAUACAGUAAUAUACUUAUUUAUAAAAUAACACUUAUAUUACGCGAUUCAUUGAAAUAUUUUUCACGCAGUAGAAUACUCGAGACAUCGACUAAAUGUGUUACUAUUACUUCAUACGUCAAAAUUCUAUUAAAAUAAACAUGAGAUGAAUUGCACAACGCCUCCUCUUCGCGCUGCGGCUACGACGUUAUAAAAUUAUUAUUAAAAAUCAAUAAUCUGCAUUGCUCAUGUAAGUACUUCCUUGUAUUUUGAAUCUGUUUCUCUAGUGUAGCUUUUAGAUCGUACGUUCAUUGAUGAUUUUAUAAUGUAUAGCCAGAGCAGCGAGCUUCCCUAACGCAUGAUCAUCGUCACUAUGGGGGAAAACAUAUGGUGUUCACGCACGGCCACUUACACGAAAAUGCGACUUGGCUAUCCAAACUCCAACCCACACGAACAAUAAGCACAGUUGUGACCUAAUUACCCUUCCAGCACAGUAUGUUUUCUCCCUAAAUCAUGAUAGACAGUGAAAAACAAAAGUCCGGAGCGGAAGAAAAAAAUUACGAAUUAUAAAUAAAAAAUUAACGCGAUUGGCGUUUUUGAGCCAAUCGAAUAACUUAGCAAUCGCGCGUUUGACACGACGGGUUCAAACAGUUUGCAAUAAAUAUGUAAAUAAACAUCAAACGGCAACGGUCCAGCUUCGGGUAAGCGAAUUAUUGAAUAAAAAUAACCAAUAGUUUCGAAUUUAAUAAAAAAAAGUAAUAUCAUGUAAUAUCAAUUUCACUGUCUAUUUAUUAGAUAUUCGUUUUCGGUGUUGAUUCCUCUAUUAACUGCAGUCACAAAGUUGGUUCCCAUUCCGUGCUGGCUCGCGAGGCGUGUCAUGGUGCUCGUGAAGCCCCGAAUGCUCGGGACUAACGACAUAACACCGACGCACUGAUUUUUUUCAUGUGUGUCGCUCUAGCAACGCCUGCCUAUUUAUUUAAUAAAAACGCAAUGGGAACAAACUCGCGGUGCAGAGUAGUAUGUGAUACUCCUAGUACAUAACCGUAGUCAAUACUCGUAUCCCAUUUUUGUCAAGAUCAGGGAAAGUACGGACACGUAAAUACUUUUCAUGGUCUUCGUUGCAUUUUCUAACGAACCGAAUAAAUCAUCCCGACUUCCAACCAACUCGAAUGUAAGGAUAGAGAAUAAUUAGCAAAAAUGCAUCGUAAGAUAAAUAAGUCUCAAAAAUAAAGUAUUGAAUAAGUAUUUUACCAACUUCAACGUUAAGAUGUACUAGACAAUGAAAGCAAUGAUAUUUAUAAUUAAAUGAAAUUAUAAAAAAAAAUCAGUCAGCCAUUUUUCUCGUUCGUGCUAGCUGACAUUUGAUACAAAUACGUAUUUUAUAAAACUUAUAAAAAAAUAUAAAAAAAAGUUAAAAACUAAGAUCUUCCGGUAAAAAUCAAUGUUGAAGUUUCUUUUCGUCUUUUUAUGAUUAUUAUAAAAUUAAGAGGUAGGUGUCUGUGUUGGUGAUAUUAACCGAUUUAGUUAAUAUUGUACCUAAGCGUUAGGUAUUUCUAUAUACUUAUUGUGUCGGUUUUAAUAAUUACCUCUACUUCAUUAUAGCUUUUGUGAGGAAGAAUUUGAGUUGCACAACAAAUAGUAGUGGUAUUAAGGGCGCUACACUAAGUCUGACAUUGGGUUUGAGAUUCGCAAUGGUAUCAAAAAAAUGUUGGAGAGCAGAGGUGUUUUUCGCGGGUCGCUGCACACUUACGCUUACCGGCAGUGCCAACGCAUUGCUUCUAGUGACAGUGGACUCGCCAGAACAACACAUGUAGGCCAGGAGCCAGGCUUAGUGUCGUCUUUAGUCUUAAAUGUUGUUCCCAAUAAUUUGUAAGAUCGUUUAAGGUUUAUAUGUAGGGCUCUCCAGCCUCGCUGCUCCAGCGACGCUGGAAAGCCGUACACGCCGUCUUUCUUUGAAAUACGGAAUAGACAUUUUUAAAAAUACUCAUUCCUAAAAGUAAGCAUUUAACCAAAUAUUUACAUCCGUAGUGGUUACUUGGCUGUUUUAAGUAAUUUAUUCAUUAAUAUUUUCACGUAAUUUAUGUGUCUAUAAUUAUUAAUUUAUUGGAAUUAAUUAUAAAUUGAAUAAAAAAAUAUGAAAAAAUGUCACAUUCUCUUCACUUUAUACAAUAGUUUUUACAAUAUGAUAUUUAAUAUCCUCAAUGGUUGUAACUAUACAUUUCUUGUUCUAAAUAUAUAAAAAAACCCGAAA